CGCCGCCACCGCUCCUCCUUCCAUCGGGCGCUACACCGCGCGGGGCUAAACGGCCUUCCGGGACGCUGCCCGCCGCGAGGAGUUUGCUGUGCCCCAGCGCCGCGAGCCCCGGUGACUCGGCCUCGCUCUACCCAGAAACCUUCCGCCUGAGCCCGCGCGGGAGGAGCGGGGCCUCUGAGGGGAGCGGCUACCCCGCCGGCCCCGGUCUCUUUCCCUGGCGGCGGCGGCUUCUUCUGUAGGACAAUAUGUUCAAGAGAAUGGCCGAAUUUGGGCCUGACUCCGGCGGGAGAGUGAAGGGGGUUACUAUCGUUAAACCAAUAGUUUAUGGUAAUGUUGCUCGAUAUUUCGGGAAGAAGAGAGAAGAGGAUGGGCACACCCAUCAGUGGACAGUAUAUGUCAAACCGUAUAGAAAUGAGGAUAUGUCAGCAUAUGUGAAGAAAAUCCAAUUUAAAUUACAUGAAAGCUAUGGCAAUCCUUUAAGAGUUGUUACUAAGCCUCCAUAUGAAAUUACUGAAACAGGAUGGGGUGAAUUUGAAAUAAUCAUCAAAAUAUUUUUCAUUGAUCCUAAUGAAAGACCUGUGACCCUCUAUCAUUUAUUAAAGCUGUUUCAGUCAGACACCAAUGCAAUGCUGGGAAAAAAGACAGUGGUUUCAGAGUUCUAUGAUGAAAUGAUAUUUCAAGACCCAACAGCAAUGAUGCAACAAUUAUUAACAACAUCUCGCCAGCUAACGUUAGGAGCCUAUAAGCAUGAAACAGAAUGUCACAGAAGCUGUCAUGCUUCAGAGGAGGCCACUUUCCUGCCUUUCAGGACCAAGAAUUUGGCAGAAAAACUCAUUGACUCCGUAUCCAUGCUGGCCGGAAGCAACAGUCAAAGGAACAAGAAGAUGGCCUCCACCUAAUUUCUACUUUCCAGAUCUAAUGCAAGUGCAUUUCAUUUUUGGACCUUAAUUCAUAUCUUGAAAACUAGAUGUAAAGCAGUUUGCAUUUUUUUUUUUUUUUUAACUUUCCGGCCAGCCUCUGCACACAAGAAGCAUUAGAAUAGUUGUUGAUCAAGACAAUCCAUGGAUUCUACCAUACUAUGGCAAGGGCGGUAAAGGGAAACACACCUGAGACCUCUAAGGUUCUGUGACAGGAAUCAGAAUGUUUCUCCUGGGCUCCCCACUCUGCAGGCACGUUGCAGGAUGGAGAAGGUAAAACCCAACAGUUACUACUUCUCCACAUGCUUUUCAUCUGAAGAUGUUGUUGCUAUCUCUCAUCUACUAUUGCCUCAUUUUACAUUCUGUUGUACUUAAUGGUUAUAAUUUUUUAAAUGUUUAUUUAUUUUUGAGAGAGAGAGAGAGUGCGUGCACAUGGGAGUCGGGGAGGGACAGAGAGAGAGAAAUUCAGUGAGGCUCCGCGCUGUCAGCACAGAGCUCGAUGAGGGGCUUGAACCCAAUAAGAUCAUGACCUGAGCCGAGAUCAAGAGUCGGACGCUCAACCAACCGAGCCACCCAGACCCCCUAAUGGUUGCAGUUUUUUAAUUCUCAUUUUUAUAAGCGUUUUGGGAGGACAAAGAAAUAGCAACCUUUUCAGAUCUCCUAGAUGAUUUUCAAACGGUUCCAUAGACACAUCUGAGUGAUAGGAUAUUCUCCCAUGUCCCGUGGACGAUUUGUGAGACAUACCAGCAUACCAGAGGGCAGGUAUCAAUAAUUUUACAAACUCUCCUACGUAAUUCUAAUAAACCCUUCCAAUACCACCA